AUGGAUGCCUCACCCCUUACCCAGCAAAGUAGACCCGAGUCUUUCAAGCCCAAAAUUGUCCAGCUCUAUGAGAACCUCUUCAAGGCAACCGAUGAUGCUGAUCAAUCAGAGGGGUUCUGGAGGGAAUUCUUCUUGCUUCCCCCGGACCGAAACCAGCUGCAUGCUAUUCUAGACAACUUGAGUCCAGACGACACAAUAAGUCUACAGAUCCAAACUCGGAAUUUCUUCGUUCGUGCCAUUCGUGAGGCCGCAGCUGGCGUCGCUCCGGCGGCCUCUUACGCAUUGGAUACUUUGACCGUCUUCUUGACAAGCAUUUUGAGCAAAAAGUAUACAAAUCCGAGCUCGGAUGUCAUUACUGUUCUUGCUGGACUCGGUGAAGUAGACCAUAUCAUCUCCGAAUUCGUCGUCGUCUUGGAUGGAAUCAUUCGCAGUGGCAGCAGUCUCGAUGUGCGGCUAAAGGCGAUUAAGACUGCCAUUGCCAUGACCAGUGGUGCGUACAAAACCAGUUUGGUCUCAUAUUUCACACACAGAGAUCUUUUCCCGUCACUCAUGAAGUAUGUUUCCGACUCGGAGACUUCGUUGCAAGUGUUUGAACCGUUCCUCCUUUUAGGGCUAUUGGCAAACUACAACAAAUUUGAAUUCCAAAACCCUUAUCAGCUCCGACUUGAUGAUUUUGUCAAUGAAGCAAACAUUCAAAAAGUUGCCAAAGGUGUUGGUCUCGCCUGUGGCGGCCUCCGCAAUGGCUACAUUGCUGUACAAGAUGAUAUCCCAGAGGGCUGGAGUUUGGCUAACACUCUGAUCUUCUUUGGACUCCGAGCCAUCGCUCCUGGCGCUAGAGAUAAGGCAACUCCUCCAUCCGCAGAAGAAGCUAAGGCAAUGUUCGCUGAACUUCCCGCACAAGAAGCUGCAAUUCUUUUAGCCACAUAUGACUUCACAAACGCGAACAAGUUAUUUGGCUAUCACCUUGUUCAUUCAAAGCCCGAGAGCAGCGAGGAAGAAUCCCCUUUCUCAAGCUUCCUCUCAUUGACCUCUUAUCUUCUCCAACAUGCAUACAGGUCCCCGCGGGUCGGGCACUACGCCGAACUGAAUUUGUUCACACUUCGAAUCCUAGUCGAAGACCCGACUAUUUGUAAACACAUCUGCGCCGAUGAUGGCAAGCGAAAAGUCCGCAUUUGUCGACAGAAACAGCCUUACCUCCCUCUAGUCAGUGGAGACCGGGUCCUUGCAACCGUCAUCUUCGACAUCGUGAUCGAUACCAUCACUCAUAACCUCCGUCGUCGCCUCGACGUCAACAUCUACAGCCACGCAAUCGCCAUCACGCUCCGCAUCCUAACAUACCUCUCCAAAAACAAAAUCCGCCUGUCAUACCAUUGGUCCGAGCUUUGGCGCACUCUUCUCUCCCUAAUGCGCUUCCUUACAACCUACGCCUCAGACCUAACAAGCGCCCCGAGGAUUCAAACCCUAACAACUAAUCUAGCGGACCUAAUCGCCUUCUGCGUCUCAGGCGGCGACACCUUCCUCCCAGACCCAGCCUCCUACGACGACCUCUUCUACAAGCUCGUCGAAAUAGGCCCCAUUAUCUCCAAAUUCCGCGACGCAUUCGCCAAAGCCAACGAGCAAGCCGCCAUCGACACCCUCCUAUCUGUAUCCACGCACUUCUAUACUCUGCUCUUCCACGAGGGCGCGAAAACAGCGGCCCUUGCUAGUCCUAAAGCUGACGAGCCGGCGCCCGUGGCACUGCCUUCUAUCAAGAAGAAGAAUCUGAGUCCGAGGGAGGUCCAUCGGAUUAUCAAGCAGGGUUAUGAUACUUUGAGUAUUCAGCCACCGGAGGGGUUGAGUGCUUGGGUUAAAUGGCGAGAGGCAGAAUGGAAGAGUGAGUUGAAGCGUGCGGCGAGGUGCGCUGUUGAUGAUGCUAGGCAGUUGGUUGCUUAG